AUGAAGAUAGGUAUAUAAUCAACUAAUUUAAAUAGCCCCUAUUCUUUAUUUGAUACUUUAAGGAAGUACUUUAUUGAUUUUUAGCAUACUCAAUCCUUAAUUCUUUGAUUUUUCAACAAUUUCUUUUUAUUAUUUUGCUUUUGUCAUGAUAUUGUCCUUGAUAUUUUAUGGUUUGACUUCUUUCAAAGAUGUAAAUAACAUAUUAUAAGUAUUAGCCUGGCUAUCUGAUUAUAAGGAGUCCUAAUAAUACUGAUUGUUCUAAUUAAAUGACAUAAAAACGCAAAAUAUUUUAAUUUUCAACUUUGCCUUCUAAUGCUAGAACUUAUCCUAUAAUUGAAUAACAAAACCCAAUAUAAGAAUAAAAAUCAGAAAACGAAUAGUAUAUAUUUAAAAAUAUUUGAAAGAGAAUUACCAUGUGAAGCAUCUUUAGAUAUUAAUCAAUUACCUGAAUUUGAUAUGAAUUAGAUUCCAUCUUUUACUAAAACUCCAGAUAAAUAUCCAUCUCCUAAUAAAUAAAAUAAUCAACAAAAAAUAUUCUAAGAUUUUGAUACCAAAUAGGCAUCAACAUAAGCAUUUUCAAUAACAAGUUAAAAUGAACAUGAAACUAUUGUUCCUAUUACCAAUAAUGAUAAAUAAAAAGAUGUUGAUAUAGAGAAAUAAGAGGAGAAUGUUUGUUAAAAGAAUAAAAAUGAAGAGAAAAUAAUGAAUAAGAAUCUUUAACCAUCUCUUACAAUAUAAGUACAUUCUGUUUAAAAUGAAUUUAUAAGUGAAUAAUAUUCACCAGGAAUGUCUGAGAGAAACAAAAUAACUUAAUCAACAAGAGCAGUCAAUAAGAUAUUAAUAGAAAAAAGGUUCAACAUUUUAAUAAUAGAUUAGAUAUUGUCCAAUUUGUUCAAUAGAUUAAUUAGCAAGAGCAAAACAUUGUUAAUCAUGUAAAAAAUGUGUUGCUUGUUAUGAUCAUCAUUGUCCUUGGGCUGGUAAUUGUAUUGGUGAAAGAAAUAGAUGUGUUUAUUAUUGGUUUUUAGUAUUUUAGAUUUAAGAAAUCUAUUAUGCAUUUAUUAGUGUAUUAAAUUUUAAUAAAUUAGAUUUUAGACAUUACAAAAUUUAGAAUUUGAUAAUUACAAUCAUCUUUUAAAAUUCUUUUCAAUUUACUUUUUUACAAUAAUAAUAUUUUUUGGUGUUUUAGUAACAAGAUUAUUAUGUUUUUAAACAUUUCUUUCAUUUUAAAAUUUAACUACUUGUAUUUUAUAAUAUUAUAUAAAAAUAGGGGAAUUUUAUAGUUGGAAUAAGAUAUCUUAUUUGUAAGAAUUAAAAAGAAAGAAUGGAUCUCCAUUUAGUUAUGGAUGGAUAAAUAAUAUAUAAAUAUAUUGUAGAUUUAAAAUACCAUAACUAACAAUUUGGGAAUAUAACCCAGAGAGAGUUUAUAAAUGA